AACCAAACCAAAACGUCAUUUUUCUGUUCUUUUGCAAAAAAAACCUCGACCGAGCAAAAAUAAUUUUCGAUUUCUGUUCCUCCACCAUCCAACUGCAGUGGUUGUUUACUUUACAUUUUUUUUGUCGAUCGUGUGUUCAAAUUUAGAAAAUUUAAUGCCCACAAAUAAAAUGCUGCCUUUCUAAUUAAUCAUGAUUAAAUUGGUAUUAAAAACGAGGAAAUUUCCUCAAGAGCUUGGACGUCAUUGGUGGUACUGUCAUCAAAAGUAUGCCACACGGUUGCCAGCCAAAGAAUCAAUUGAUGAUACGACAACAUCAACUAAUAUUGAUUUAGUUCAUUCGGUGGCUGUCCCAGUCGAGGAUAAAAAUGCAGUUCUCUUGGAUACGUCCAAGCGCAUGGAAAUGAGUCCGAACAUUGCGCGGGAGGAACCAGUUGCAAAAGUUAAGCCAGAGAUACUUCCCUGGACAACAAGUCCAACGCAAACUGGUAGCCUUCUUAGCAACUACAAGAAACUAUCCAAAUUCCGAUUAACAUCCCUGGUUGUGAUAACAUCGAUGGCUGGCUAUGCCAUGGCUCCAGCAGCCUUCGAUCCCACAACCUUCGUUCUUUGCUCUGUUGGCACAGGCUUAAUGUCGGCGGCCGCUAAUUCCAUCAAUCAAUAUCACGAAGUUCCAUUCGACUCGCAGAUGUCGAGGACAAAGAACAGAGUUCUGGUAACUGGACAACUAACUCCUGCCCAUGCUAUUGGGUUCGCGGUGGUGUCGGCCACUACUGGUCUGGGAAUGCUCUAUUUCGGAGUAAAUGGCUUGACAGCAGCUCUGGGAGCUGGUAAUCUGUUCCUAUACACAUCUAUCUACACUCCAAUGAAGCGUGUAAGUAUCCUCAAUACGUGGGUAGGGUCGUUUGUGGGUGCAAUUCCACCUCUAAUGGGCUGGGCAGGAUGUGCUGGAACACUAGACACAGGUGCUUGGAUGUUGGCAGGGCUUUUGUAUGCGUGGCAGUUCCCUCAUUUCAAUGCCCUUUCGUGGAACCUUAGGCCAGAUUAUUCACGAGCUGGGUACCGAAUGAUGUCGGUGACUAAUCCAGCUCUGUGUCGACGAACUGCAUUGCGAUAUACGGGCGCCCUUGCUGUUCUUUCUGUAGCAGCUCCUCUGCUAGAUGUCACAAACCCAUGGUUCGCUCUGGAAACGCUGCCCUUGAAUGCUUACUUUUGCUAUCUAGCUUGGAAAUUUUACCAAAAAUCAGACAGUGGGAGUUCACGUAAACUCUUUCGGUUCUCGCUGAUUCAUUUGCCUGCUUUGAUGGUGCUUUUCCUUCUAAACAAAAAACGAUGGAUCUUUGCUGAACAAUCAACCGAAGAAGCAAUUGUUACAACUGCGACAACUUUAGACACUUCGAUAGAUGCAGCACCAGCCAAAGGCAACUUCCUGUCCACCACUCCUAGACCUGCAUCGUCAUUAAGUAAGGUUUUGCCAGUUGCUGUUGCUGCUAGUCCCGAACCAACACCAACAAUUUCCCAGGUUGACCAGAACAAACAGCCUGCAGGGUCGACGCUGUGACAAUUAGUUUUGUAGGUUUUUAGUUAAUUUAUUGUAAAUGCAAACUAUGAUGCUAAAGAUGCGUUCUGUGCACAAUGAUAAAUGCACUAUUGUACCCAAUCAAGGCGUAUAUCCCAGUCAAUAACUUUUGGCACUUAACUUAAAAAAGAAAAAACACAAAGAGAUACCUUAAUUAGUUUGUUUAAAAUAUAAUCGAGAACAGUUUUUACUUUGAUCAAAGAGUGGGAGUGGACAGACGCAUUUUGUGUAAAUAUAAAUUUAAAUGAAGUAUUACUGUUGAAUUAAACACAAAAAAGGUAAAACAAUAAAAGUUGAGCUCUUUAAAGGUAAA